GUAAAGAAAAACAAAAUUUUAAUAUUAAUCGCUGAUUUCCUGUAAAUUGCAAUAACGGUUUUUAAAUAUUUUAAGGGAAAACAUGCCGAAAAUUUUUCAUUGCGACUUUGAGGUAUUUGGGACAGUUCAAGGAGUAUCGUUUCGUUUGUACACACAAAAGCAAGCAAAACAAUUGGGCAUACGAGGAUGGUGCUUGAAUACGCCGAAAGAUACAGUUAUAGGACAAAUUGAAGGUCCAGAAGAAUCACUUGCAGAAAUGAAGAAAUGGCUCGCGAAUACUGGCAGUCCAACCUGUCGCAUAGACAAAGCUAUUUUCGGCUUGGUUGAGGAAUUGGACAGCUAUACUUAUGAAAAUUUCACUAUAAGGGAAUAAGAGACUUAAUAAUGAAUAGACAAAGUAUAGGAUGAUUAAAUUCAGGCAAGAAUAGCAAUAAGUUAUUAUCUGUAUAUGCGAAUAGAUGUUACUAAUGAUGUGCGAAUUCUACAUAGAUGAUCUUAUAUCAUCAAUAGCUGAAACGUAGUUUCACUAAAAUAUUAUACACAAAGACUGCACACAUUCUAUUCUAAAUCUUCUGUAUUGUUGUUGUUGU